AUGAGCUUCCCCGAGAAGCCGCUGCCUCGGCAGCAACCACAGCAACCUAGGCAGCCGGGCGUGCGCCUGAGGGUUGAAAAGAUACGGGAUAAGGCCUUACAGACUCAGCUCAUUUACGCCAAUGUCGCUGGCGUGAGCUACCGAGACUUUGCCCCAAGCCGCGACGGUGCCGACAUCAACAUCCUUAUCAGAGCCAGAGACCCUGUCCGCGGUACCGUACGAGAGAAUGUCGUUAGGGCUAGGCCGACACCCGAACUUCCCGAAGGCACCAUCAGUCUUUCCGACCCGCAGCGACAGUGGCUCAAGAUCGGAAUGACGGACACCUUCGAGGGCGAGGUCUACGAUGCCAGUAGGCAAGGCGCUACACCCCUGGAAGCGAUGGACCUAGAGCUUUCUUGGGCUUCGAUGAAGAGAGACCCCAACUACGAGUUCACGCACGAGUACUUGGCCAAGGUCUUUGAGCGCUUCUUCCAGAUGCAUUUCUUCGCUCCUGGCCAGCGAACUCUGCUCGACAUCGAGGGGCUGAAGGUGUUUGCUACUGUAAAGACCAUCACUUUUCAAGGUGGCCGCGGACCUGAAGCCGUCGUCACAACCUCAGACCCUUCUGCCCGUGGUUUCUACAACACUUCAACGCUUCUGUCCUUCUUCAAGGCUGCCGACUCUGAACUAAAGCUCCAAGUCGGAGAACACCAGGGCAACGCCAACCCCAUUAUCUCGCCAGACUUCAAGUUUGAGGAUAUGGGCAUUGGUGGUCUGCACGACGAGUUCUCCACCAUUUUCCGCAGAGCCUUUGCUUCCCGUGUCUUUCCCCCGCAACUGGUAGCGAAGCUCGGUAUCCAGCACGUCAAGGGUAUCCUGCUUUUCGGUCCUCCUGGAACCGGAAAGACGCUCAUCGCCAGACAAAUCGGCAAGAUGCUCAAUGCCCGCGAGCCCAAGAUUAUCAACGGUCCUGAAGUCCUUAACAAGUUCGUCGGUCAAUCCGAAGAGAAUAUUCGAAAGAUGUUCGCCGACGCAGAGAAGGAGUACAAGGAGAAGGGUGACCAGAGUGGCCUUCACAUCAUCAUCUUUGACGAGUUGGAUGCUGUCUGCAAGCAGAGAGGCUCCGGUGCUGGCGGUGGCACUGGCGUUGGUGACAGUGUUGUUAACCAGCUGCUCACCAAGCUCGAUGGUGUUGACCAGCUCAACAAUAUCUUGCUUAUUGGUAUGACCAAUCGAAAAGACAUGAUCGAUGAGGCUCUCCUGCGUCCUGGUCGUUUGGAAGUGCAGCUGGAAAUCAGUCUGCCCAACGAAGAAGGACGCAAGGAGAUUCUGAUGAUUCACACUGCCAAGAUGCGGGACAACAACAUUAUGGAUCCCAGGGUUGACAUCGCGUCACUGGCAGCCCGUACCAAGAACUACUCCGGUGCCGAGAUCUCCGGUGUCGUCAAGGCAGCAACUUCUUUCGCUUUCAACCGCCACACUGAAGUCGGCAACAGCGCCAAGAUGAAGUCCGAUGUCUCUGCAAUGAAGAUCACCAUGGACGACUUCGAGAACGCGCUGACCGAGGUCAAGCCCGCCUACGGGGUUUCCGAGGAUGAAAUCGCAAACGCUCUUGGAAUGGGAAUUCUUCAGUUCAACGAAAACAUCCCGGCCAUUAUCCGUACAAUGAUGGGUUACAUUGAUACUGUCAAGGAAUCAGAUGUUCUCACCAGAAUCCCGGUUCUGCUUCAUGGGCCACAAGAGUCCGGAAAGACAGCAUUGGCCGCUCACACUGCCAUGCAAUCUGAAUUCCCCUUCGUUAAGCUCGUCUCGCCCCAACACCUGACUGCUUACCGGGACGAGUUUGGAAAGAGUGACUACCUCACAAAGGUUUUCACCGACGCCCACAAGUCAGAGCGAAGCAUCGUGGUCUUGGACAACUUUGAGCAGCUGAUUCAGUGGAACCCGAUUGGGCCUCGCUUCUCCAAUACUGUGCUUGACAGACUUAUUUCUCUUAUUCAGACACCACCCCCCAAGGGCCGACGCAUCCUCAUCAUGGUCACGACUUCGGAACGCUCCAUCCUCAGCAACCUGGGCGUUCUCAAGCACUUCCGCAGACAGAUCCCAGUGCCUGCCGUCUCAGACGUUCGCGAACUUGCUUCGGUAUUGCAACAAACGGGUAUGUUUGGCGGAAACGACAUCCAAGCCGUCGUCCAAUCUGUGCGAAACGACACCCGAUCCGAUAAGAUCGGUCUUGGAAUUAAGACUAUUCUGGAAUCCAUUGAGGAGUCUAAGGUUGAGGCAUCUACGCAAGGAACGGACAUAUUGGAGAGUGUCGCGAAUAGGAUUGUGACGGCCAUUGCCUCCAAUUCGUUUGACGACUAG